CAUGCGCAGAGGCCCAGUUUCACUAGCAGCAGCACCAUCAGCAGGAGUAGCAGCAGCAGCAGCCGCCGCCGGGGAGACGGGAGCUUGUCGGUGUUGUUUAUUUCACACAAGUUAAAGUUUUCUCUACAAUGUCGGAAUUUGACAGCAACCCCUUCGUGGACCCAUUGGACAUAAAUCCCUUCCAGGAUGCCUCAAUCACUCAAGCCACCAGCGGAGCCCCUAAAAACGUUGGGGAGUUUAACCCAUUCUCUGCAACUGAAAUGGGAACCCACUCUGGUACGACCAUCCCCAUCUCUGCUGCCACCUCUCAACCCGCCAUCCUACCGACUUCUGUGGAGCAGAGUGCACAACAGGCAAAUGUAGCAGCUGGCCAGGCUAACCUGCUCAAACAGCAGGAGGAGCUGGAGAAGAAAGCAGCUGAGCUGGAGCGGAAGGAGCAGGAGCUCCAGAACAGGACCGGAGGCAGAGCGCGCAACACUGGCGAUAAAGAGAACAACUGGCCACCUCUUCCCAAAUUCUUCCCUGUGAGGCCCUGCUUCUAUCAGGACUUUGAGGAGGACAUCCCUGAGGAGUACCGCAGGAUCUGCAAGAGAAUGUACUACCUCUGGAUGUUCCACAGUGCUACUCUCUUCCUCAACGUGCUGGCCUGCCUGGCUUACUUCACUGCAGACUCUCAGUACGGCGUUGACUUCGGUCUGUCCAUCCUCUGGUUCAUCCUCUUCACCCCAGUGUCCUUCAUCUGCUGGUACAGGCCCGUCUACAAGGCCUUCAGGUCUGACAGCUCCUUCAGCUUCUUUUUCUUCUUUUUUGUCUUUUUCUUCCAAGUGGCAGUGUAUAUCAUCCAGACUGUAGGGAUUCCAAAGUGGGGAAACAGUGGAUGGAUCGCAUCCAUCAGCAUGAUCCGCACAAACUUGGCUGUGGCUGUGGUUAUGAUGGUGGUGGCCGGUUUUUUCACUGUAAACGCUGUCCUGGCUGUCAUCCUACUGAAAAUGGUCCACUCUAAGUACAGAAGGACAGGUGCCAGCUUCACCAAGGCCCAGCAGGAGUUCUCCACGGGAGUCCUGACCAACCGAACUGUCCAGACUGCUGCAGCCAGUGCUGCCCAGGGAGCCUUUGGCAAUUAGAAUGUUUCCCACAUCCUUCAGUGCUUCAGGCUAGUCUCUUCUCUGACCAACAUAGCCAUGUCCCAACAUACUUCAGUGUGUUUAGGGGCUGGGGGGUUUGAUUAUUUAUUGAAAAGGGCCAAAAAACAAGUAACUUAUGAGGAGGCAAAUUAUUCUCACUACGUCAGCCGAGUGACAUUCUCCACUUAUAAACUUUUCAAGAGACUGUUGUAUAAUACAGCAGACGAGCUAGAGUUCUUAUACAAACACGCAAUGUUAUUAUUGUCUUUACCAUCCUCAUCAGUAUACAGCUAAAUGUAUGCCAUCACCAGUUAUUCUGGGACAUGUAGGAAGGAGUAAGAAAACUGAAGUUGAAUACGCCUAAAACAAGGCCAAGAAGGAGGCAGAGUGGGUAUGACAAAAAUGAAUUGGCAACACCUCAUCCCAAUAUAACUAACUGGAAUACAUUUAACAUAGUCAACUGAAGUAAGUAAGUAUGUGCGGCGCACCACUGAACAGGGCUGGGGUUUAGUGAUAAAGUACAUAUAAUUAAAUCCCGUCACUCUUAAAUACGCUGGCAGAAAGUAUUAGGAUUUCUCUAUCUCACAGUUCAUGUAGAAAUAACAUACUAGGGCCUCGAAAAUAAACACUGCGAAGAGUUGGGAUUAUAUAAAAAGCAUACUUGACAUGAGAAUGUUUAACCAUCAUUCAAUGAUGGAUCCAGAUAAUGUGUGUAUACAUAUUUUUGUCAUUACAGCAGCACGUAGAGCGUUACAGGGUUACCAUUCUAUAAUUCUGCUAAUACUAAUUCUAAUACAUGCACUACUGGACGCCCUGUAAGAAUCAUCCAUCCUACACUACUGAUGAACGCCGUUGCUGUUCGAAUUUCGCUCAAAAUUAGUUUUCAUGUGCAUAUAACACUGUAUAGGAUGAUGAUUAAUGAAGGUGACGGGAGGGUGGAAGGUUUUUCUUUCUACUGGUUUCAUCAGUUUACUGAUUUAGAUGAAGUGAGACAAAAAGCUCUUCUUCGGGCAAUUGAAGACGUAGUUUGUGUGACGGCACAUUUUAAUUUAUGUUUAGUUAAGAAUAUGUUUUCAGGUAUAGUAUGGAGCCUUGCUGUGAUUAAAAUGAAAUGCAGGGUGCAGCUUUACUACCGUAAAGUUACUGACAUAGUAUAGAAUGUAGACUUAUUUACUUAGCAGUGUAUUAAUGAGCAGAAAGAACACAAUAUUUAUCUGUCGAUUAUCCAGUCUUGACUUUAUAUUCAUGGUAAUUAUACUGCAGACCAAAGUCAUGUGUUACUGAAUAGUCGCAGAUAGUUUGUAUUUUUUUUUUAGCUGCUUUCUACCUACUUGUUGUUUGGUAUUAGCAUUUUUUUUCACAUAUUUACUUGUGAAUAUAUAUAUAUACUGUCCAAUUCUGAUCUUCUGUUACUGUAACACACGGAAUCACUUUGUUUAGGUGUAACCUCACAGUGCCUUUCAGCAGAUGUAACCCACCGAUUUUUGCGUGGGGAUUUAAGCACAAGGCUGUUGGUUAUUAGUGUUUUGUCUGAUUUUGUUUGUCUUAAUAGAGAAGCGUGUUUUAUGGUGAUGUUUCCCUUUGAUGAUCAGAAUGCAUUAAGGUGUCUUGUACAUAUUGGUGACUUAUUUAAAACUGAAUUUACUGAGGGGGGAGGGGUUAUUUGCUAGAAAUUGGUUCUGUCUUAACAUAAAUAAACUGUAAUUUUUUUCAUCUUUUGAAAAUGUAAUCAUGUAAACGAUUGCCUGCUAAGUAAAGACAUAUAUUCAUACUGUA